UUGACCAUGUCAUUUUCCCUCCCACGAAAUCAAUCCCUUCGGCCUCCUCUCCAGCCAUCCUGCGCCCCCUCGUACCAGCUCUCCCCGCCCCUGUCCACGCCAUCAUCCGCCGAUAGGGUUUCGCUUUCCAGUUUUCCCCUUACGCACCUCCAAUUUCCUCCAGACCCCUCCGAUCUAAACCAACUUUUCAAUUCCCUCCUUUCCCGUCCGGAUCAUCACUGAUCUCUUCGAACCCAAUGGCAUUUCUUGGCUUCUAGAGCUCGUCGCUCACCCCACUAUUUUCCUUUUCGUUUUCAUCAGUCUCUUACAAUUCGUCAUUAUGGCUAUCAAAUUAACCGUCACCUACUCCGGCUACAUCGCCCAGAGUAUAGCUUACCCCGCCACAUCCAAAUACUCCGCCUCACGCUUCUUUCACGACGCUACCCGUUUCCGCCUCUUCCACCACCCUCCGAGUCGAAAACCCGACUCCAAUUACUCCGAUUUCCUCUUCCCUAAUUCCAAGUCAAAGCCCAUAAGUACUGCCCCAUCUUUCUCUUCGACAUCGACGUUGGCCCGGGAAAUCGUGGGUGAAAGUACGAAAUCGCCACUUGCUAUGGGAUUAAUCUCUUUAAUGAAGCAGUCAACGGGUGUGCCCAACGUGGGUGUUUUUGGGAUUUCACCAUUCAAGACCUCGUCGAUCAUUCAGUUUCUUCAGGGUUCAAAGUGGCUGCCGUGCAACGAGCUUGCGAGUACGGAGGUCGAUAGAGGUGGGACUCAGUGUAAUAGCACUGGCACCGAAGGCGUGAUUGAAAACAGUAGUUCUGAUAAGUGUUCAGAGGCUUUUGUAAUGGCCAAGAGUGGUAGUAGUAAUUUGAAGGUUUUCCUGCCGAAUGGCAGGAGCAGACACAGUUGGCUUUCGAAGUUGAUGAAUCUCUGCUUCUGCUCCGAGGAUGCCAAGGCGGCUUUCACUGCAUUCAGUGUUAGCGUAUUGUUCAAAUCGUCAUUGGCUGAGCCGAAGUAUAUUCCAUCGACUUCUAUGUACCCAACUCUUAAUGUGGGCGAUCGCAUUCUCGCUGAGAAGGUUUCUUACAUUUUCAAGAAUCCCGAAGUCUCCGACAUUGUUAUUUUUAAGGUGCCCCCCAUUCUUCAGGAUAUUGGUUAUAGUUCGAGUGACAUUUUCAUCAAAAGAAUUGUAGCCAAAGCUGGGGACUAUGUAGCAGUUCAUGGUGGUAAAUUGUUGGUGAAUGAUAUUGUUCAAAAUGAGGAUUUCAUCUUGGAACCACUUGCUUAUGAAAUGGAUCCAGUGCUUGUACCUGAAGGCUAUGUGUUCGUGAUGGGAGAUAACCGGAAUAACAGUUUCGACUCUCAUAACUGGGGUCCAUUGCCCAUCAAAAACAUCGUUGGUAGGUCAGUAUUUCGAUACUGGCCCCCUUCGAGAGUAUCCGACACUCUCUACAAGUCGUCCAUGCGGUGACACCGCGUCUCCCUCUUUUCUGUGGAAAAGGUUCUGGAUGCUUUCAGGAUUCAUUUUCUCUGUCCCUCGGUGCUUAUUCAAGCUCUUUUCCUUGGCUAAAGUGUCCAAGGAUGGAUCAUCUCAUCCAUCCCUGUAAGGAUUAUUGCCAAUGGCCUAAUCUUGGUCUGGCUUUUGAAAAUCUGUGUAAUUCUACAUUGAUGCACAAACUGAAUAGCUCGCUGAAGGAAUCCAUCUCGAAUAAUUCAGGACAUAUUGGGUUCGGAUUGGACUCGAUGACUGACCAAAUAUUUCUUUUAACUUUUACUCAAGUUUGUUCAGUUAAACGUAUGUUAUUAUUGUAUUUAGGAUAAUUGGAAAUGCAUAUAGCUCUGUUUUACUAAUGAAUUAAAAUUCAAAUCCUUCUCUCUUAUUCGAAA